AUGUCUGUCGAGUUACCCGUCGACCAACUCGAGGUUUCUGCCCUUCGUGAGAAGGUCCAAUUGAUCGAGGGUGAAAACAAAUAUGCAAACGAGCUCAUCGAGCAUCUACGUGAGGAAAACGGCGAGAUGGCUAUUGAAAUCGAUGAGCUGAAGAAGAAGCCCGCUCUCGCAGAGGAGCGUCUACAGAAGUUCUUCGACUUCUGGCUCUCGGCGGAAGAAGAGCUUACACGUCAGCUCGAUAUCACCGAUGACUUGAAGAAGGAACUCCAGGCGGCAAAGGCCGAGGCUGCCAGCGCGCAGGAGCCCUCGGAGUGA